AUGAGCAACAAGCGACCUCUCACCGGGUUCCGCGGGAUCUUUCUUCAUCACAACGCGUCCGCGCACUCUGCGAUCAAAACAAAUGACUUCCUGGACUGCACAUCACUCAAAAGGAUACAGUUUUCAUCGCCGGAAGAAGCGCUAGCAGCGUUUGAGAAGGCCGUGGAAGAGGUGUCUGCGGAGGACUGGAAAAAAUGGAAGGCAGAGGAGAGUUUAGUUGAGUUACAACUAUAUAUUCACGAAAACAUUUUUGUAACCAAAAUAACUAAAGUUUUUAGGAAGUCACAAUGAGUGAUUCACAAGAUCAAAAUGAACCCCCAAAAGAUCCAAAAGAGUUGGAGAAGCUUGAAGAAGCAAAACUUAAAGCUAAAUUUCCUAAUGCUAUGUUAGGCAGAGGACCAAGUGGACAUUCAGCUUUUCUUCAAAAAAGACUAGCAAAAGGACAAAAAUUUUUUGAUUCUGGUGAUUAUCAAAUGGCAAAGCAGAGGCCUGGUAAUCUUGCAGCACCAUUCAAAACUCCUGCUGUGCCCCCUAAACUGCCUACUGGUGAUGCCAUACCUACUCCAGAGACUGUGCCAGUGCGCAAAACAUCUAUCAUCCAGCCCAAGUUCCAGCCUUCAAGUCAAACCUCCUAG